AUGAAAACAUCCGUUUGGGAUUUGAAAUCGAAAGAUGUGUAUGUCAUCAACUCGCAUCCUUGUGGGCUGUGUCUUAUUAUAGAAAACAUUGAUUUUGAUUCCCUCCCUCGCAGGGAUGGGUCGGAGCGGGACAGUCGACUUUGCAAGGAACUCUUCUCUUCCUUAGGCUUCCUCGUUAAUCAACACACUAACCUAACCACACAAAAUCAAAACGGGUGCGAAGGCAGACAUGUUUAUAGCCAUUGCGUCCAUUCCUGGUCUAUCACUGUUAACACAAAUAUAGGUUAUGUAUCUGUGCGGGAUGUGGAAAGGGGCAGUUGGUUCGUCAACGGCAUAGUGUAUGUGCUAAUGAAAUAUUCCUGGCGAGAUGAUUUGCUGACUUUAUUCACGCGAGUCAAUCACCUUAUUGGGGACCAGGUCACCACUGAUGGUGUCUCUCAGACUCCCACUUUUAUGACUACCAUGAAAAAACGGUUCUAUUUUAAUUCUCCCGGAUGA